AUGGCUCCAAAGAAGCACAGCUAUGAGUUCGGAGGCCCUCCCGGCGCCUUUGCCAUCGUCUUUGGACUUCCCGUCCUCUUGUGGACCUUCUUCUUCGUCUGCAAUGACAAGACCGGAUGUCCCGCACCGUCCACUUUGAGCCCUCGCACGUUGACCUUGGAGAAGCUCAAACUCGAGACGCCAUGGCCCGCAGAUGGAAUCUGGGGCUUCUGUAGCUGGGAAGCUUUCGGCUGGAGCAUCGCCUACUACUUUGUGAGCUUGGUCUUGUACCGCGUUCUCCCUGCUCAGGAGAUGCUCGGUACCAAGUUGGUUCAAUCUGGUCGCCCAUUGAAGUAUCGCUUCAACUCUUUCAACGCCACAGUCUUCCAGCUCGCCGGCCUGGCUAUCGGCACCUACCUUCAAGGCGCCGACUUCGUCGUCUGGACUUAUAUCUCAGACAACUACCUCCAGCUCUUGACCGCCAACACCAUCCUCGCUUAUAUCAUCACCGUCUACGUCUAUGUCGCCAGCUUCAGCGUGAAACCCGGCAACCCAGAGCUACGUGAGCUGGCUGUCGGCGGCAACACCGGCAGCCUCAUCUACGACAUCUACAUCGGCCGCGAACUGAACCCCCGCAUCACCCUGCCCUUAUUCGGCGAGGUUGACCUCAAAGCCUGGCUGGAGAUGCGCCCCGGUCUCACCGGCUGGGUCAUCCUCAACCUUGCCUUCUGCGCAAAGCAGUACCGCACAUACGGCUACCUCUCCGACAGCAUCCUUCUCACCACCGCCGUGCAGGGCUACUAUGUCCUCGAGGGCCAGUUCAUGGAGGCCGGCUUGCUCACCAUGAUGGAUAUCACCACCGAUGGCCUGGGCUUCAUGCUGACGUUCGGUGACAUCGUCUGGGUGCCCUUCCUCUACUCCACCCAGACCCGCUACCUCUCCGUCUACCCCGUCCACCUCGGCUGGGCUGGCGUCGCCAGCAUCUUUGCCGUCUUCGCGACUGGCCUGUACAUCUUCCGCUCUGCGAACAACCAGAAGAAGGUCUUCCGCACGCAGCCUGAUCACCCGAGCGUCAAAGAUUUGCCCUUCAUCCAGACGAAACGCGGUACUAGGCUGCUUACUGGUGGAUGGUGGGGCAGGUCUCGUCAUAUCAACUACUUUGGCGACUGGCUUCAGGCUUCGCCGUUCAGCUUGCCGACUGCCGUGUCCGGCUACCAGAUCCUCAGUGCUGGCAGCGCCGUGUCCGGUGCUAUCACGAUGAUUGACGGGCGUGAGGUCGUUCAGGGCGCUGCUCGUGGCUGGGGCAUGAUCUUCACGUACUUCUACGUGCUGUACUUUGCCAUCUUGCUUAUUCAUCGCGAAGGGCGGGACGAUGUUGCUUGCACCGAGAAGUAUGGCGAAGAUUGGGAGAAUUAUAAGAAGAUUGUUAGAUGGAAGAUUCUGCCCGGGGUCUACUAG